AUGUCGGACAUCGUCUUUGAACAGGUUGUUUAUCACAUCUCCGAAACCCUCGACGUCCAGAAACGCGAGCAGCUCUCCCAGGUCCUCGACGCGCGCGGGGCACAGAAAGCCGAAGAUGUCACCGACCCUGACCUCACCCACUUCAUAACAUCGUCUUUGCCCCUCGAAGACUUCGUGGAACAGCUCCCCCCACAUUCUCGUGCGCAUACAGUCACCCCACUAUGGGUCGAACGCUCCUUUGUCCUCGGCUCCCAGCAAGACCCCGAGUUCUUCUCCGCCGACCCCGCCUACCUCUUCUCUGGCGUCACCGCGACUGCGACAGACCUCUCGGCGGCCGACUGCGAGCUCAUGUCGGCCGCGAUCACCGCCAUGGGUGGCCAAUGGCGCACGGCCCUCACCCGCGACGUCACCCACCUCUUCGCGCUCGCAAAGGGGAGCGCAAAGUACGAAACGGCGAUGCACUACCGCGAACAGAUGAACGUUUGUGUCCUCGUCCCCCACUGGUUCGACGACACCGUCCGGCUCGGCAUCCGCGACCUCCCCACGCGCAAAUACGAGUGGCCCGAGCCUGCGGUCUUCGGCCAGCGACUGGAGGGCCGAACUUCUCAAGAGGACGUCGACUACGAGCCUACGAAGGAGCGGAUGAUGCUGUACGACACGGCGUCGAUGUCGGCCGACGACCACAAGAAGAUGCGGCCGGCGGAAGGGAAGGUGUGGGAAGGGAAGCGGAUCCUCUUGGGCCUCUCGCUGGACCUCUCCGACCGUCAACGCGACGCGCUUUGCGUGGACAUCCGACGACAAGGCGGAAUACCCAUCGUGCUCCCCUCUGAGAAGUCGACGAAGGCGGCGGGACGCGUGCAAGAGGAGUUGGCGAAGAUGGAGGAGACGGACAUAUAUGUGACGCGGUAUCGGACAGGAGCGGCGUAUGCUAAGGCAUACAAGCUCGAGAAGACGAUCGGCACGCUCGCGUGGUUGUGGUAUGUCCGUGCCUCUGGCAAGCUAUCGAGGCCGGCAGACCAGCUUCUGCACUAUCCUAUCCCCGACUCGCCGGCAAGCGGCUUCGAGAAAGAGGUGGUCACCGUCACCAACUACACAGGGAAGGACCGGGAAUAUCUGAAGAAGCUCAUUACUCUCAUGGGGGGAGAGUUCACGGCGUCCAUGUCAGCGGAGAAGAACAGUAUCGUCGUGGCUGCAUAUUUGCAGGGGACGAAAACGGACAAGGCGGCAUCAUGGUCCAUCCCUAUCGUCAACCACACCUGGUACAUCCUGUUUCCUCCCGGCGUCGACUUCAGCGUCGUUUUGGCACAACGGGGCCUAGGCAAGAUCGCAUGGGAGCCAGGUCAGUUGGAGGAGAUGGAGGCCGAAGUGGAGGCUGAGGAAGAGGCUAUGGACACAUCGCCGAGGAAACGCACGAAUACCAAGACCCCUACCACGAGUCCACGAAAGCAGAAGAACCACAAGGCCCGAGACGACUUGCGACCAGUCGGAACGCUACAGAGCGUGGGUGAGGUUGAAGAUGCAAUCGCGAUGGACGAAGGCGCGGACAUGGACGUGGACCCCGACCACUCGGCGAUGGAUAGGAAGCUUGUCCGGAGGGUCUCCCGAAAGCCUGAGAACGACUCAGAAGAGCAACGUCCCACCACUCCCGACACGUCUCCCAAGAGGCCCUCACGAACAAACGAAGCCGCACAGGCUGCCCCCGCGGACUCGGACUUGGAGUCGCCCACCACGUCCAGGAAGCUUCAGACCGCACGUCGAAAGGUCCUGCCUCGCGAUGAAGAGAGCUCCGCCGAAGAAGAAGUUCCGAAGACGAAGUCCAAGGCCAGAGCCAAGCCAGCAGCCCCCGCACCCUCGACCGAAAACAAGGAACAGCGACUCAGACUCGGACUUCCCGAUGACCUCCGCUCUGUACUCGGCGACCUGCUGUCGAACAACAAGGGCAAGGCACGCGAAAAGCCUGCGCCGAAGAAGCGCGACGCCGACCCUGCCGUUGCCGACGGCCACGACUCCCUCCCAUACGCAGCGAAAAGGCAAAAACGAAGGCACCCACGACUUUCAAGGUGGGACCUCCGAAGGCCGCACCGAAAGCGUCAGCCGUCGAACACCGGCCCUCGCAAGAUCAAGAAGACGGCGGCGCUGGAGGCGGAGAAAGAGCAUGGUGAUCAUGCGUCCACAACAGAGAGCCCUUACAAGGUCGGACGGACGCCACGGGGGGCCGCGACGAAGGCCGCGCAGAAGCUGCACGAUGUCGUGAUGCCGGACGUGCUCUCGUACCAGAAGGAAGUUAAGAGCGGGACGGUGCGUGCCACCCACGAACGCGACGGCGGAGCAUCAACGUCGUUGCCGGCCAAGGGCAAGAAGCGCCCCUCGAUGGGAUCGGCAGGCCCGGAGAGUGAAGAGGAGGAUGAGAUUGCACAACCGGAGAAGAAGAAGCGGAAGGCGGCUGCGAGCAAGAAGCUGCUCGCGGAGGACCAGUUCGCGGUCAAAGACGGGGACACGGAGAAGAAGUACGACUUCAAGCUCACAGACGCGCUGAAGUUCGCGAAGAAGAACGCGGGGAAGCUCUUCAAGGGGAUGACGUUCUAUGUCACGCCGAAGGUCCCCGUCGAGACAAAGCUCCUCAAGAAUGUCGUUACCGCGAAUGGCGGCACACUCUCUACCCAGUCGCCUACGGUGCGGAUCUUGGACGGACACGACAAUCGCUUCGUGAUCUCGAGCCCCGGAGAUGUGUCGAUCUGGCGGCCUCUCGUGAAGCACCAUCCCAUCUACAACCAGGAGCUCAUUCUCACCAGUGCGCUCAAGCAGGAGAUAGACUGGGAUCAGGCUACAUUCCGGGUCCCGGGUUCGUCUUGA